CAGCAAUCUUCUUCGUCAGUCGUAAACUUCCACCCUCACGAGCAUCAAUCUCCAUGGGUCGUCGGUCGUCGUCACUCCUCGUCUUCAUCUCCGCACUCGCUUGUGUCGUCGCGUCCUUGCAUUGGUCUCCUUUCGGCACAGUCCUUGGCACCACCGAUGGGAACGUUGACGUGUACUCGUGUCACUUGGAAGCAAGCCAAAAAGCUUUGGACCAAGACGCAAACUACGUAAACGGCACGUACACGGGUGUCAGGUGGCAGUGCGUGGAACUGGCCCGUCGAUACCUUCUCGUGAACUUUGGAGUUGUGUUCGGGGACGUCGAUUAUGCAUUCCAAAUCUUCGAUCUGGACACGGUCGUCAAGGUCGCGGACGGGUCCAACUUUGCGCUCAACAAGUUUGUGAACGGCGGGUCUGUCCGUCCCGAGCGCGGGUCUCUCUUGAUCUGGGACCCCACUGGUGAGAUGGGCAUCACGGGACACGUCGCGGUGGUCGUGGACGCAACGGACUCGUACGUCGACAUCGUCGAACAGAAUGUGGAAGACACGAUUUGGCCCACCGGACAGCGCUACUCGCGCCGCCUCAAGGUCAAGCAGAACUCGACGUCUUACUUUGUCGAAAAAUGGUAUGACGAAGAGCACCUCCUUGGAUGGGCCACCGUGGACCUCGCCAAGCCCGUCGUGUUGAACUCGACAACAUCCACUCUGCCAUCGACGUCAGUCGUCCUCUCCAUCGUAGGGAUCUCGGCGGCAGUCGUGUUUGUCGUGUUGCGCAAACGUCGCCACGACUACGCCCUCAUGCGUUGAGGACCUCAUAUCCUUGUUUAGUAAUACGCGAUACUCCCAUACUACCUCUGUCCCACUUCGCAUGUCGUGGUUUUUUACUUUCGGUUUUAAAAUUCGAGCAAAAAUCGUACAGAGUUGUAAUUGGUAGAAAUGGAAUGCUCUGAGC